UUUGGCAGGGCUCCCAAACAGCUCCUCCUCCUCCUCCCUUCGCCCGCCGCCUUAAGCUCUUCAGGGCUCAGCGGAACCAAAAUGCGAAGAGCUGCGCCGGGAGGGGACGCCGAAGCGGGAGCGGAGCCGGAGGAGACAUGAGCAGCACUAAGGACGUGACCUGCAGGUAUUUUAUGCAAGGGGUAUGCCGUGAAGGAAGUAGGUGCCUGUUUUCACAUGAUUUGUCUACAAGUAAACCAUCUACUAUCUGCAAAUUCUACCAGAAAGGCCAAUGCGCCUAUGGAACUCGCUGCAGAUAUGAUCAUGUUAGACCUUCUGCAUCAGGUGCCAUAGUGAGUACUAGGACACUUUGCGCUUCUGCACCACCAUUCUACAGCCUUAACACUCAGCCGGAGCAAAAUGCACCUAUAACAAAAAGUAAAGUACAUGAGCCUGGAAAACGUGAAAAGAAAACAUUAGUGCUCAGAGACAGAGAUUUAUGUGGCUCAAAUGAGGAAAGGACGAGAUGCAGCGCUCAGAGUGAUUCAGCAUGUUGCAGUGUUCCAACAGAUGCUCUAGAAGCAAAGCCCCAUUCAUAUUUGGAAGCUAUCCGCAGUGGGCUUGAAGAUGAUGAUGCUGAACCUGGAAGUUCAUAUGCAGAUGGUGAACAGUUAUGUCCCUAUGCAGCAGCUGGCAUGUGCCAGUUUGGUGACAGAUGUCUCUACCUCCAUGGGCAAGUGUGUGAAAUCUGUGGCUUGCAAGUACUUCAUCCCUUUGACCCAGAACAGAGAAAGAUGCAUGAAAAGAUGUGCAUGGCUACGUUUGAACACGAGAUGGAGAAGGCCUUUGCCUUUCAGGCAAGUCAGGACAAGGUGUGCAGUAUCUGCAUGGAAGUGGUAUAUGACAAACCAUCAGCAUCUGAAAGAAGAUUUGGAAUCCUUUCCAACUGCAAUCACACAUACUGCUUGUCCUGUAUCCGGCAGUGGAGGGGUGUCAAGCAGUUUGAGAAUCCAAUCAUAAAGUCCUGUCCAGAAUGUCGUGUGAUAUCAGAGUUUGUAAUUCCCAGUGUGUAUUGGGUGGAAGAUCAGACUAAAAAGAACGAGCUGAUUGAAGCAUUUAAGCAGGGAGUGGGGAGGAAGGCCUGCAAGUAUUUUGACCAGGGUAAAGGGACCUGCCCAUUUGGGGGGAAGUGUCUGUACCUGCAUGCCUAUCCAGAUGGGAGACGGGCUGAACCAGAGAAACCACGAAAGCAGCUUAGCUCUGAGGGGACUGUCCGGUUCCUUAAUUCUGUUCGCCUCUGGGAUUUUAUUGAAGAUCGAGAAAACAGAACACUGCCAGCUGCUGACAAUGAUGUAACAGAGAUGGGAGAGCUUUUUAUGCAUCUUUCCGGAGCAGAUGCUGAACCUGCUGCUCCUCCCUAAACCACCACAAGAUCUCUACCAUGUACUCUUCUGUAUCGGUCUUUCUGUUCCUUAAAUAACUUUGUACUGUUUACCACUUUAGAAUUACUGUGCCAUGGAGACUGAAGUCCUGGUGAAAUUCUAGUAUGAGCCUGACACUGUAGAGCAGAACAAUUGAAGCUUAAUAAAAUGAUUGCUUUAAAUAAAAAUGUCAGUGUAUAGUCAUAA